GUUCUAUCUGUUCCAUGUAGAUGGCAUGCCAGUGGUGUUUCCAUGCACCGCAUUAUAGAGCGAGUUUUUGUUGAUGAAAUAAAGAAUAAUUUGUGCUGUAUUAUUUUUAUUUUUAAUUAAUAUCUUGCUAUCUUUUUCAUUAUGACCAGUUCUGUCAGUACAAAUCCAUCAACUCUAUUGCCUUUAGAAUUAGUCGACAAAUGUAUUGGUUCUCGGAUACAUAUUAUUAUGAAAAAUGAUAAAGAAAUUGUGGGCACUUUGUUAGGCUUUGACGAUUUCGUAAAUAUGUUACUCGAAGAUGUGACAGAAAGCGAAGCAACACCGGAAGGAAGAAGAGUCACCAAACUUGAUCAAAUAUUACUUAAUGGAAGCAAUAUCACAAUGCUUGUACCUGGUGGAGAAAUGCCUGAUACGUAAAAGAUGAUUUCUUUUAUAAUGUAUUAUAUAUAAUCAAAAUUUGAUCAUUAAUUCAUACGUAUCUACUAUAGAAUAAUAAAAAUUUCUAUUAAAUAAGGAUAAUAAUUGAAAUAAAUAUUAAGAAGAAAUUAAUGUAUCAAUUUUAGUUAUUACUUCAUUGGUUGUAGGCCUUUCAGUAAUAUUUUGUGACCACAUUUGUUUAUAUAACGUUUUAUAGGUACCUUUAAAUUCAUCAUCAAUAUUAUCAUCUAUAGGGCGAUGCCCUUUCGCAGAAAGGUAAAUAAUUGUGUGACUAUGCAAUCCAGCAAAUGGUAAUUUUCUAAAUAACAUUUGCCAAGCUACAAUUCCUAAAGAAUAAAUAUCUGCUGCAGGA